AUGAUCAUCAAACUCAUUGCCGUCGUCGUCGUCGCUCCCGCCCUCCCCGUUCCCGGCUUUCUCGUCUUCGUCAUCGGCCGUUGGUUCGGCAAUAUGUAUGCGACUGCACAGCUUUUCGUCAAGCGUGAGAUGCCGGCGCGCGCCCUUGGGUUCAGCAGCAUGAUCUUGUGGUGGGCACGGAUUUACCACGACUUCGAGGUCAAGGGCAACAGUCUCGAGCGUCUGGAAGGAUACGUGGUCAUUGAGCAGGAGCCCAAGCCCGUUCAGGAGAAGAAGCCGGCGGCCGCAUGGCCGACCAGUGGUGACUUACGCGUCGAGGGACUGUCUGCGUGCUACUCUCCGGACGGAGCUAAGGUCCAAUGA